CCUCUCUUAAAGAAAACAAACAGAGCAGAAGCAGAGCACACAGAUGAAAACUGCUACAUUAACAUUGCGUCAACAAGCAUUGCGUAUUUUCCGAAUUUUUUUGAAUUCAUUUGGAUACUUUCAGUGCACAAUCUAUUUUUAUUAGAAAAAUGAUAAGAAGGAAAUGCUUCAUUCAAUGUGUAGAAGAUUCUCACGAUCCAAUUUUACUACCUAACUGCAAAGAGUUAACCAUUGGCAGAUCGGUCGAAACCAAAAUAAAAAACACAAGAUGCUCCAGAAAUCAAGUGAGUUUGCUGGCAAACUAUGCUCAGGCCACUGUUCUUGUCAAGCAGUUAGGUGAAAACCCUUGUGGUCUGGAAUCAGGCGUUUGUCUUUUCAAAGGAGACUCUCAAACUCUUGGUCACGGAGAUACGCUUGAGCUUCUCGAGGGACUGCACAAGCAUAGAAUUGUUUUUGAUCCACCUCCUGAGAAAUGUACAUCAACUGAUAAAAGAAAGGUGAACGAAGAACUUGCAACUGAAGAGAUUGUUAGUCCCAGCAAAACGAAAAAAGCAAAACUUGAAGCUUUCAUGGACGGCGGCUUGAGAGGUGAUUGGGAGAGUGUAGACCAUGGCAAGAUGCUGGUUUUCACACCUCACAAUAGCUCACACGGAGACAAAGUUGCUGGUUAUGAUUUGGACUGGACUAUAGUGGGCACCAAAUCAGGCCGAGUUUAUCCGAAAGACAGGGAUGAUUGGCAAAUUUUACUACCAGAAAUUCCCGGGAAACUGAAGAAAAUGCAUGCUGAGGGCUACAAACUGGUUUUAUUUUCUAAUCAGGCUGGAAUCGGAAGUCGCAAGAUAAUUAUAUCUGAAUUUCAACACAAAAUCGAAAGUGUCAUCAGAAAAUUAGGUGUGCCAAUGCAGGCUUUCAUAUCCACUGGAACAAGUGUGUACAGAAAGCCCCUCACGGGUAUGUGGGAUUAUUUAGCAGAAAAAAAAAAUCACAGCAAAACUAUUAGCUUGUUGGAAAGCCUUUACUGUGGAGAUGCGGCUGGUCGGCCCGAAGGAUGGGCAACUAAAAAGAAAAAGGACUUUUCCUGCUCAGACAGGCUGUUUGCGAUGAAUAUUGGCAUAAAAUUUUACACUCCAGAAGAACAUUUUCAAGGCAAAUCAGCAGCACCUUUUAAGCUUCCUGAUUUUCAACCACUGAGAUUGAAAAGUGAUGUUCCAUUAUGUGAGCCUGCAUCUGCUCAAGUGACAAGCUCGGAGCAAGAGCUGGUGAUAUUGGUUGGAGGUCCUGGCUCCGGGAAGAGCUCAUUUGCACGCCGUCACCUCACUCGGUACACUUAUGUCAAUAUGGACCAGCUCAAAUCUGCACAAAGAUGCGUUCAAGAGGUGCGCAAGGCUCUUGAACAGAAAUCCAGUGUUGUUGUAGACAACACAAAUCCUGAUAAAAAGUCAAGAGCAAGGUUCAUGGCAAUAGCUAAGCAGGUCGGAGUUAAGUGUCGAUGCUUCAAAAUGCUCACAUCAAAAGAGCAUUCAAGACACAAUAAUAGGUUCAGAGAGCUUAUUGAUUCGAGCCACGCUACAAUUAGUGAGAUGAUCAUCAGACAAUUUGAGAAAAAUUACCAAGAGCCAGAAAUACAAGAGGGAUUUCAUGAGAUUGUUGGCAUCAAUUUUGUACCUUAUUUUGAAAAAGAGGAGCACGAGAAACUGUAUCAGAAGUUCUUAGUAGCUUGAGAGGAGUGUUAUAAACGUGAAUAAAAAAAGCAGUUAUUU